ACUUUAUUUAAAUUAUUUAAUUUCCCACAAGAUUCCAACCAAAACAUCAAUAUCUUUAUAAUAUAUAUAACAUGAAAUACAAAUCUCCAAUAAUCAUCGCACACAUAUAUUCAUCAAUGCCAGCCUUUUAUUAUUAUUUAAUAUUUUCGAUUUGCCAUUAUUAUUAUUAUUGUUUUCUUAAUCCCAUUUCGGACAGACUUAGGGAAGUUAGGAACAAUAUUAGCUCAACAACAACUAAAAACCAACACAAACUUUCCUAUUAUUUUUAUCGCAGAAAAAAAAAAAACCAUUUUCCAAAUCAAACCACCCCACUAAUUCAAAAAAUCUAAAUUCACUUUCACAGCUGAAAUCCAAUCUUCCUUUCUGCUCUCAUCACUCUCUUUACUCUACAAAAAAAUAAAAAAUAAAAACACAAAUUUUCUUUUCCUUUUUGCUUUUUUCCUUAAAACCCCUGUUAAGUUCUGUUUCUGCUUAACUUGGAGCUCUCUAAUCUCAAAAAUUAAGCUAAAAAAAUCUCAAGUUUUUCAAUUUUUUGUUUCUUUUUUAAAAUUAAAACCUACCUGUAUAAAGCUCUCUCUUCUAGCUCAUCCCCAGCUUUUCUUCCAUUUUUUUGUUCCUUUCUGGGUUUUAUAUUUUGGAGUUUUUUUUUUCCUCUAAAAAAGUAGGAAUUUUUUAGGUUUAAUUUUCAAGAAAAAUCGAGACUUUUUAAUAUUUGGAGAUGAUUUGAGCUCAAAAUCAAAAUGGGUUUUUAGGAAAACUUGUCCAAAAUAUAAUUAAAAAAAAUCGUUUGAAGGGUUUAAGAAUGGAAACAACUGUAAAUAGUACUAGUGGUGGUGGUGGGGUUACAGUGGUGGGAUCCGGUGCUCCCUCAGAUUACCAAAUCGCUCCCAGGUCCGACAACAACCCAAAUUCAACACCUGGAUCCGCGCCACCAGCUCCGCCGCAAGCUCCGCCUCAAGCUCCACCGCAAGCUCCACCGCCCCACCCGCCGCCUCCGGCGGGGUCUAUGCCAGAGAAGAAGAAGAGAGGGAGGCCUAGAAAGUAUGGUCCGGACGGGAGUGUCACCUUGUCUCCGAAGCCGAUUUCGUCGGCGGCUCCGGCGACGCUGCCACCGGUGAUUGAUUUCUCAGCUGGGAAACAGAAGAAAAUAAAGCCAUUGAGCAAAGCCAAGUAUGAGCUGGAGAAUUUAGGUGAAUGGGUUGCAUGCUCUGUAGGUGCUAAUUUUACUCCCCAUAUCAUCACAGUCAAUGCAGGCGAGGACGUCACAAUGAAGGUCAUAUCAUUUUCUCAACAAGGGCCUCGAGCUAUAUGCAUACUCUCAGCUAAUGGUGUGAUCUCUAGUGUUACGCUUCGCCAGCCUGAUUCUUCUGGGGGCACAUUAACAUAUGAGGGUCGCUUUGAGAUAUUGUCUUUAUCUGGUUCAUUUAUGCCUACUGAAACUGGAGGAACAAGAAGCAGAUCUGGUGGGAUGAGCGUUUCAUUAGCUAGUCCAGAUGGACGAGUUGUAGGUGGUGGAGUUGCCGGUCUGCUGGUAGCUGCAAGUCCUGUACAGGUUGUAGUAGGCAGUUUUCUGGCUGGGAACCAGCAUGAGCAGAAGCCAAAGAAACAGAAGCAUGAUUCAUUAUCAGGUGUCGUGCUGACUGCAGCCAUUCCUAUAUCUAGUGCUGAUCCUAAAACCAACUUCUCAUCUUCCUCGCAUCGUGGAGAUAGCUGGUCUCCUUUGCCUCCUGAUUCAAGGAACAAGCCGGCUGACAUUAAUGUAACUUUGCCAGCAGGGCAAUAGGGUUCACCUCACUGGUACAUCAAAAGGUUUGUCACUGACAACAACGGCAUUCAACCACGGAUCCUAGAAACUCACCUUCACACCUUCCUGUGUUAUUUUAUGUUAUCUUAUCAAAUAUUUAUCAGUACUGGCAUGUCGAUUUUACCUAUUUUCUUUUUCAGGUAGAAUUUUAGUUAGCUGAUUAGGUAGGCGCCUGUUGCUGUUGUGUCAUGUAAAAUAGCUGAUGUAAUAUUUAUCCCUCCCCUUGAGUUGCCUUCCUUCGGAUUGGAAAUUAUUGUCAUUGCUAACAUUUCAUCUACUCUUUUUGAAAGGCACUUAAUGGUGCUUUACUGGAAGCAAUAUUGGAAAUAAUUGUAAUGGCACUUUCAAAUCUUUUUAUUCUUUUA